GCUCUUACGAGUCCGGGGGCCCUGUAGGGCCAACGCGCCCGCGCGGGGCGCGCGCUGCCAUGGAGGAAAGGGAUGGCCAUGGCCCUGCCCUGUCUCUGGUGCAUCGACACGUCUUCGGUCUCAAGCCAGAUGUCAAGAACAACGUGCACUAUGCCGAGGAGACGCAGAUCAUUUAUCCUGCAGGGACCAACGCGGUCUUGUGGCAGGCGGAUCAGAAACAGCAGAAGAUCUUCCAAGGACAUGAAGACGGGCAAGGUCUGACCUGCAUGGCCGUGAAUAGUACCAAGAGAUACCUCGCGGUCGCCGAGAAGUGCUACGAAGGCGCCAUCUGCACCAUCUUCGACUUGGUUACAGCCAAGAAGCGGAAGACCCUCUCGUGGCCCGAGUCCGACGCGCCGGAGUUCCUCUGCGUGGCCUUUUCGGCGGAUAGCAAGUAUCUCAUCACGCAGACAGGAAGAUCUCCCAGUGCGAAGCACGACUGGAGCCUGCUGUACUGGGUUUGGGACAAGCAGCGAGUCAUGGCCUCCAUCAAGGUCUCCAACCCGCAGAAUUCGCUGAUCCGCGAGUGCUCCUUCAACCCAACCGAUUCGUCCAUCGUUUGCGUCAUUGGCGACGGCAUCUUGAAGUUUAUGCAACUGAAGGAUGGCUUCAAAACAUUGCCAGUGGCUCCAGCAAAGCUUCAAAGCUUUAUGUGCCACACGUGGUUGCACGACGAUAAGAUGCUGGUGGGGGCAGACAAUGGUGACCUGCUGCUCUUUGACAAUGCAGGUGAGUUUCAAACCGUGCUGCCCACGAGCCCCGGCGAGCCGCGAGCUGCCACCUGUGUGAUCCCCUUUUCGAAGGGCUUCAUCAUUGGUGGUGACGAUGGCCGUAUUCGUAUCUACGAGAAAAGCGAUGAGCCCAAGGAGAUUUAUCGUCAAAGCAAGGUGCUUCAAGUGGAGCCCAACUCAGGUGCGGCGGUGCGAUCAUUGGCUCUGAGCCCCUCAGAGGAGUUGCUAGGAGUGAGUACUUCCACUGCUCAGCUGUAUCAACUCUCUUUGCUGGGUCAAGAUUUAAUGAAGGCCGAGGAGUCUCCUGCCUUUGAGCCAGUGCUGAGUCAUUUCCACACGGGUGCCAUUUUGGGCCUGGAUGUUUGCAUCCGAAAACCCUUGGUGGUGACCUGUGGAGUUGACAAGUCGGCACGGGUCUGGAACUACUUCGAGAAGACCUGCGUCAUGUGCCGCUGGUUUAACGAAGAGGCAUAUAGUAUCGCCUUCCACCCCUCGGGCUUUCAUUUGAUCAUCGGGCAGUCAGACAAGUUGAGACUUAUGAACUUGUUGAUGGAGGAUAUGAAGACCUACAAGGACAUUGCCAUCAAGCAAUGCAGAGAAUGUCGCUUUAGCAACGGCGGUCAAUACUUUGCGGCGGUGAAUACCAAUGCCACCAAUGCCAUUCAGGUGUAUAAAACCUACACCUGUGAGCCCAUCGAGACCCUUCGGGGCCACACCAACAAGGUUCGAUCUGUUGCAUGGACUGCAGACGAUAGCAUGCUGGUGUCCACGGGUGCUGAUGGCGCUGUCUACGAAUACUAUGUCCAGGCCGAAACGGCCAACCCCGGCCGCGACGGGCGCCGGGUGCACGACUUCGUGCAGAAGACCUCGUCCUUCAGCUGCGUCAUCGUUCAUUCGGACCAGAGCUCCAACUUCAACACCAUGUAUGUGGUAGGAAACGACCAGCUGCUGCGAAAGGUCUACAAAGGUGAAUCCAGCGGCACGGUGAAAGCCGGAACCACCUUAGGUCAAAUAGUGCUGGCGAAUUCGGGCAAGGGCCUUUUCGCUGCAGUGGCAGAGCCAGACGCUCCCGGGCGAAUUCGCUGCUACAAGUUCCCGCUGAAUGGCGGUGACAACAGCUGCGAAUGGACGGACUUCUCGGCCCACGCGGCGCCGGCCACCCGUCUCCGGAUCAGCGCAGAUGACUUCUACCUCUUCUCCGCGGCGGAGGA